AGGAAAGACAAUAACAAAUAACGAAUAGAAUUUUUAUUUUUUGGGAGAAAACAACAAAAAUUUAUAAUUUAUAAUUCAGUUACAAUUUUAUUUUUAUUUUUUUUAAAAGAGGGUUUUAAAAUUAAUAUCGUCACGAUGCGGCUGAUUUCUCGGAGAUGUCGCGCUCCCUCCAAUCUCAAUCUCCAUGUCCGGGCCAUUUUGAUGUUGUAAGCCACGCUCUUUCCUCUUCUCCUUCAUUUCCCUUUUCCCUUUCCAUGUUAGAAUCCUGGCCAAUCAUUUAAUAUUAUUUCAAUUGUACAAUCACCAAUGGCAACAGCUCACCAGAUAGACAAAGAUACAGAAAGUAAUAAGCAGGUUCUUAUGUACAUAAUGUUAUUACGACAUCGUGCGGUUUCAUGAUCAUUGAUUUUUCUCGUAAAAAGUAAUUUGCCUUUUGGAUCUGUGAUAUCUGUUCUUAUUGCGAUUGUGAAUGUGACAAAUAAAGGAGUUGUUCAUUGUAUAUAUUGAAUUCUGGAAGCAAAAAAAAGAACAAGGAGAAUUGAGCUUUUUUUGGAGGUGUGUAUAAAUUUGUUCGAUUUAAUUGAGAUUGCAGAGAUUGAUUGGUUUGAUUGUGAAGUUAGGAAUUGUGGUAUAUAUGCUUGGUGAUUGGAGAAAGUUGGAUUUGAUUGGAGACAAGAAGCUGGUUUGCUCUUGUAGUGCUUGAUUUUCUUGUUGGGAGAGGGCCAAAAAGAGACAUGAGAAUGAAAUUAUGCAGAUAAAUAUGUCAAAGAAGUUGUCUGAUCUGACGACAGGCGAGGCACCUAGUCCAUCUCCUUCAAGUCAAUGGAUUCAACAGCAACAAGAAUUGGCAUCUUUUGUUCCCAAGACAGGAAAAAAUGUACGUAAUUUAUCUAUGCAGACAGGCGAAGAAUUUUCCAUGGAGUUUCUCCAGGACCGUGUUGCCACCGGAGGUGUUUCGCCUUUGAUUGGUACAGUUCAAACUUUUGAGAAUGGAAUUGGGCGUAACCAUAAUGAUCGAAAUCAUCAGCGAGGGUAUGAAGAUCUUGCUAAUAUACUUGGCUUGAGGAGAAUGGAUUCUGAAUGUACGGAUGAUUUUUCUGACUUUGUGUCUGCAAAAGGGUCUUUGAAGGAGACUGAAAGUGGGUUCUAUGUUGAUAAGUUGAAUAAACUGAAAAUGGAGGAUAAUGAUACUGUACAUAGAUCGGGGAAGGGUUUUGGCAAUUUGGAUAGUGAUAGAAGAGCUGGUUUGGGUACAUCUGCUUCAGCAGUUAAUGUACUGGAAUCCCCUUGUUCUGCUAAAUCUGAUGCUACAAAUGUUUCUGAUAGAUCUCAACCUGGAAAGAUGAAGUUCCUUUGUAGUUCUGGGGGCAAAAUCUUGCCAAGGCCAAGUGAUGGAAAGCUCAGAUAUGUUGGGGGAGAGACCCGUAUCAUAUCCAUUUCUAAGAAUGUCACGUGGGAAGAACUUGUCAAGAAAACUAAAGGUAUUUGCACCCAGCCUCACUCCAUCAAGUAUCAGCUUCCUGGUGAGGAUCUUGAUUCUCUUAUAUCUGUGUCUUCUGACGAAGACCUUCAAAAUAUGAUAGAGGAAUACUAUGGGCUUGAAAGGCUUGACGGUUCUCAAAGACUUCGAAUAUUCUUGAUUCCUUUGAGUGAAUCUGAUACAUCUUCAUCUUUUGAUGGAACAACUAUCCAGCAGGACAGCCCCAACUACCAGUAUGUUGUUGCUGUAAAUGGUAUCUUAGAUCCUAGUCCUCGGAAAAGUUCUGGUGGGCAAUGUUCAGCCCCGACUUGGGAGAAUAAGAGUGGUUUUAAUGCUUUUCAUUUUAAUAAAUUUUCAAAUGAAUCUCUCAAUAUGCAUCAGUCUCCUCCUAUUUCUCCACUUACUUUGCAGCAUCGAGAUUCCAAGAAUGCUCAUGUAAAAUUUCAUGCCGAUAGCUCCAGUACGGAGAGCAGUAGUUCUUUCUCUACUGCUCUGUUACCACCUGAGAAUUGUGACAAGACUGCUUUUUACAAACAGCCCUGCCAGGGGCUGAUGGCUUUGAUGAAUCAUCAUCAUCCUUGCAACAAUGAUGAAAUUGUUCAGCCAGACCAACCACAAAUGCAAUCCCACAACCAUAACCUUGGCACAGAACUUGUAGCAACCGCUUCAGUUUUUCAUCAGAGUGAAGUCAGUUUUAACAGUUCAUUUUGUGAGAAGCCUAUGAUUAGGGGAAGGAUGUUCCACUCUGAGAAGCCUCUCGGACCAGAAGAUCCCAUGGGUCUGUCGUCAGGAUCUGUAGACACCAUCUAUUCUCAUCAUGGAAUGCCACAUGCUUUUUCUGACUCAAAGCUGCAAGAACAUGGAGGGUUGUCGGCUUACUGUUCUCAAGAGGGAAUGAGCCCUUCGUCCCCCUUGAACUUUUCCAAGACACAGUUAUGUUCACUAGUCUCAAAUUCUUCACAAGAAAAGUCAGUGCAACUUCAAGAGAAUAUUAAUUUUGUCAAUCCUACUCUUCAAGGUAAGUUAGUAGACAUUGAAGCUACUGAUUCGCAGCGUAGGCUGGAUUUGCUGGAUUUCUCUUCAUCCCCAAAAUCAGCAAGAAGGAAUGACCCUACUGAGAAAGUUACAACCAACGCUGGUGACCAAAGCCAAAUUUCAAAUAAAUGCAAGGAAAAUGUUUUGGGGUUGGAUACGAUGAAUACAAUUGACAAAAGUAAUUUUCUUUUGAAUCAAGGUGAAAAGCCUUGUGAGGAGAAAUCAUUGGCUGGUGUGGAAUACAUGAACAUAUUGCCUUAUGUCAACUGCAACACAAGAUCAUCUGCUGUUGAUACUUUGGGGCAGAGUAUGAACAUCUCUGAGGAUAAGCUCUCUGCAUCCUCGGCCUUUGAUUUCAGACCUUCUGUAAACAUUCUCAUAAAUCACCCCCAGAACUACCAUGCGAAGGAUCAGAGGACUGCCAAUGAUCAAUAUGGUAGUUUGAGCGGAAAAGUGAAUCGAGAACAAGAAAGCAACAUCCCAAGGGCCAGCAUUCCUGAAGUUGUGGAGUUAUUUCAAAAUACCAAAUUACGUUCUCGAGGUGAAGAUUCUUCAGUUGAUCUUAUAUCUGGGUCAUCUAGCAAUCCAUUUUUCCCUGAACCAACCCAAGUUCAACCUCUUGAAAAUCAAAACGAUAUUAGCAAUAAAGAGUCCACAUUAAUAAGCUCCUCGAAAUCAUAUCCAUCUGCUGUUCUUGAUGACUCUGGUCCAAAUAAAAGCUUGCCUUUAAGUGACCUUGAUGCUUCAGCAAAUAAUGCUGCAAAUGAUGCUUCAUAUGAGGGAAAGGUUUAUCCUCUUGAUGACCAUGGAAGUUACCCUCAUUUGAGGGUUGAGAAAUGUGGUUUUAGAGGAUCUUCCUGUGAAAAUACAAAUGUUCUGGAUAUUAUGUUGGCUCAAACAAAUGCACCAAGUAAAAAUAACAUUCAGAAUCAGCUGGAGCCAUUGGUCAUUGUGGAAGCUGUGACUAGUGAUGUGCCUCAUAUUGGUCAAUCUUCCCAUGCAGUUUUUCCACGUGUUGCCAGCCCACACAGCUGUGAUUUUAUAUCCCCUACAGCACUCGAUGCAGGUAGCGUCAUGCCACAUGUUGCUAUGCAUGGUACUGAUCCAACCAUCAACGACAUGUCUCCUAGUGCGACAGAGUUGGAGUGCAUUGUGCCACAUGUUUGCCCACAUAUUGCCAAUCUAACCAGCAGUGAUUUUAUAUUUCCUACUGCAUCAAUAUCUGAAAGUCUCAUGCCAGAAACUGAUUUCGAUGAUAUAAAUGAUGAAAAUGGAGAUAAAGAUAAUUCCAUUAGUGAUGCAGUGAUAGCUGAAAUGGAAGCCAGCAUCUAUGGCUUGCAGAUUAUUAAGAAUGCUGAUCUUGAAGAACUAAAAGAAUUAGGAUCUGGUACGUAUGGCACUGUCUACCAUGGAAAAUGGCGGGGAACUGAUGUUGCCAUAAAAAGAAUAAAAAAGAGCUGCUUUUCGGGUAGAUCAUCGGAGCAAGAGCGAUUAACAAAAGACUUUUGGAGAGAAGCACAGAUCCUCUCAAAUCUGCAUCAUCCAAAUGUGGUUGCAUUUUAUGGGGUAGUACCAGAUGGGGCUGGAGGAACCUUAGCAACUGUAACUGAAUAUAUGGUGAAUGGAUCACUUAGGCAUGUUCUACUCAAGAAGGAUAGGUCACUUGAUCGGCGUAAAAAGCUCAUAAUUGCCAUGGAUGCAGCUUUUGGCAUGGAGUACUUGCAUUCAAAAAACAUUGUCCACUUUGAUCUGAAGUGUGACAAUUUGCUUGUAAAUCUAAGAGAUCCUCAACGCCCUAUAUGCAAGGUUGGAGAUUUUGGACUAUCAAGAAUCAAACGCAACACUCUUGUGUCUGGUGGCGUGCGAGGGACUCUUCCAUGGAUGGCACCAGAAUUGUUGAAUGGAAGCAGCAAUCGGGUUUCGGAGAAGGUUGAUGUUUUCUCAUUUGGAAUUUCAUUGUGGGAGAUCUUGACUGGGGAGGAACCUUAUGCAGAUAUGCAUUGUGGUGCAAUCAUUGGUGGGAUCGUGAAAAACACUCUUCGACCUCCCAUUCCAGAUAGCUGUGAUCCUGAGUGGAGGAAGCUAAUGGAACAGUGCUGGUCACCGGACCCUGAUUCUCGACCAUCAUUUACCGAGGUAACAAAUAGGCUUAGAACUAUGUCCCUACAGGCAAAGGGACAUAAUAUUCAGCCAAGACAGAUGAAGGCAAAACAACUCUCAUGAAUAGGCAAAGCAGUGCCUGUUUCUAUCUGCACCAAGAUCGGCAAGUAUCUUGUAUAGAAGCCCUUGGUAUAGAGGAUGAACACUUUUGAAAGCCCUUGGUAUAGAGGAUGAACACUUUUGAGGGUGAGCAUGAGUAUUGUUUAUAGCUUAAUGUUAGUUGUGUUUUCUUGCCUUUGGUAGUGAAAUAUCUUCAUUUGUUUAUUCUUUUGUAAAAAGAAGAAAAAGAAAAAAGUACAAGUAAAUGAUAAAAGACAGAAUUUUAGGAUCUCCAAAUAGUAUUUUUUAUGGCUAGAAAACUCAACGAAUAUAUGUGUAUAUACACUCAUAAAAGAAAGAGAAGAUAAAAAAUAGAAGUGUGCUUUGGUUCAUCUGCUUCA